CCGUGGUGAAAUUUAGUCUGCUUAGGUAUCUGUUGUGUUUACUCUAUAUUGGAAAAAUAAAAUUACAUCAAAUUAAAAUUUACAUAAAAUAUUUGAUCCAGUUAUUUCAAGUCUAAUUUGUUUUGCCUAAUUAAAAAUGGUUGUAGGAUUUUUAAUACGUUCUGGUUUCUUGGUUGGUGCAGUUUAUUAUACUAAAAAAGCAGGUGUAUGGGGAAGUCCUAAUGAUACCGAAAUACUUUACAAUGAUAUUAAAAAUGAAUUACGGCCUCAUGUGCAAAGGCUAGAAAAGCAAAUGCCAUUUGAUUUUCCUGCGUUACCACAGACUGGAGAAAUUUGUUUCGUAUCGAAGCACUAUUACAACGAGGGUGUUAAAAAAUCAUUUAAUUUUAUUGAGAUGCUCCCUUGUUACACUGGUCAAAUGUUAAAAAAGGCCAAAAAUAAAUUUGAAGAGUUUGCAGAGUCUCCCAAGACAACGAAUUAGCCAGGAUAAAAAAUUAUCAUUUAAUGAUUUUGAAAUUUCUUGUUCAAUAAAGAGUAAUUUCGUUAACGAA